AUGGCGCAAUUGGCUAGCAACUCGUCAACACGUGUAAUGCAGUUUAGUGAAGACAUCAUUAAGCAGCUUACACCUGAAGAAGUGGACGAAUUUCGUGAGGCAUUCAUGAUGUUCGACAAAGAUGGAAAUGGUACAAUUUCCACUAAAGAACUUGGUAUCGCUAUGCGAUCACUUGGACAAAAUCCAACAGAACAGGAAAUCCAGGAGAUGAUCAACGAAGUCGAUUUAGAUGGAAACGGUCAAAUCGAGUUUCCAGAGUUUUGUGUGAUGAUGAAGAGAAUGAUGAAGGAGACCGAUUCGGAGAUGAUCCGUGAAGCGUUUCGUGUAUUCGACAAGGAUGGUAACGGUGUGAUUACAGCGCAAGAGUUUCGAUAUUUUAUGAUUCACAUGGGAAUGCAAUUCUCUGAAGAAGAAGUUGAUGAGAUGAUCCGUGAAGUAGACGUUGACGUAAUAGGAAAGGUGGAUAACUUCUUUUCCAAAAUGAGGGCGAAUCAAAAGCUCGCUUAG